AUGAAUUUGGAACAACAGCAACGCCAAGAGACAAUUCACGUGUCGGCGCCUUCUUCGCAAGCUCCGCCAAGUAACACAAUGCCCCAACGAACUCCCUUUGCCAUCCAAGAGCUUCUUGGGCUCUCGGAGUCAACGCGUUCCAGCACAACAGCCGUUACUGCGGUCACUCCUUCGUCGCUUUACACAAACGUGGGUCAACCUCCGUUCAGUAGCAGCGAGCAACAUCACCAAAUGCAGAUGGCAGCUUCGCGAAUGGCCUAUUUUAAUGCACAUGCAGCUGUUGCUGCGGCAUUUUUGCCCCAUAAUAUGGCUGCGGGAGCAGCUGGAGGCCCGCUGAAAUUCAAACAUCAAGCAAUUUCAGCUUUUCCUCAUUUGAAGUCGUCCUUCGCUUCAGCCAGCAAUUCGUGUUUAUCAGCUGGCAUCGAUCAUUCGAAGGAGUUUACGGUUGAUGGCAUCAAUGGUUUCAACAAGAAAAAGAAGAAGAAACGACGACACAGUCGCACAAUUUUCACAAGUUACCAACUAGACGAAUUGGAAAAGGCAUUUAAGGAAGCCCAUUAUCCCGACGUGUAUGCCCGAGAAAUGUUGUCGCUCAAAACUGAUCUACCCGAAGAUCGAAUUCAAGUUUGGUUUCAAAAUCGACGUGCAAAGUGGCGCAAAACGGAAAAAUGUUGGGGACGAAGUACAAUAAUGGCGGAAUAUGGCUUGUAUGGCGCUAUGGUGAGACACUCUUUGCCGCUUCCGGAUACUAUUUUGAAGUCGGCGAAGGAAAAUGAGUCUGUUGCUCCAUGGUUGCUAGGCAUGCACCGAAAAUCCAUCGAAGCAGCAGAAACGUUGAAAAAUUCCGACGAUUGUAGCGAUCGAGAGGAUAACAAGACGGAUGACAGUGAUGCAAGUGUCGGAUCUGUUGCGUCAAAAGCUCCUCCAAUGUCGCCUGUGAAUAAUAAUAACAACAACAACAAUUCGAGCAAUAAUAUGUCGCAGCAACAGCAACAUCCGCCGCAAGCAGACUCACCGCAUUCCAUUGUCUCGGUAACGGGACAUCAUUCGCCGUCGCCGCACACGAUGAUGCAUCCGGCGACGCAUCAUCAACUAAGUCCCAUGGAUAUCAGCGGCAAAAAGGACUUUAGCAACCCCAAUUCUAGUCCAUCGUCACAUCACAGUAAUCCAAAUAGCAGUAGCAAUAGUUAUAGUAAUUUGCAUGAUGCAGACCCCGAGAUGUUUAGGUGGGUUGACUACAACAGAGACCCCAUUUCCUAUAUACGAAACAAUUCCAUCGCAUGCCUGCGAGCAAAAGCACAAGAACACCAACGUCUCCUACUACAAGUACGUUCCUUAGCUGGACUUCAGAAUCCAAUGUUGACUGGAUCUCCGCAACCGUUAGACAGUAACGCCAAUACAUUAGCACACUCUCCCACGCAUAUUCCGCAUCCGCAUCCCCUGAAUGCGCAUCAUCACAACGAGGCCCAAGCAAUCGAUCACAGCACAGCAGCACGAGCGGGAUCUCCAACAGCUACCUAUUGA